CACAUUUCCUCGUUUCACGUGUAUCAUGAUCGUGUGACGUCAACAACAUUGAAAAACAGGUCAAUGUCAGUUGUUUGACAGUUAUCGAAUAGCCCUUGUUUGCUUCAGGGAUCUAUACAGGGACCUAUACAAACAAGAAAGGAUAGUGGAUAAGAUCUUUUCAAAAAGGACUACACUGUCUUAGGCAGCAUGAUGCACUGUGACAGAGAUGUGGGUUUUAGGACGACGUCCAACAAGAUAGAGGCACUGGAGCAGGCUCUGAGGCAGAUAGCCGAUGCCAAGAAGCAGCUAUGCAGAAACACAGCAGAGGCCAAGUCACGUAUCCAGUGUGACAUAAGUCGCCAGCUGGAGGCCCUUCGUAAUCGGGAGGUGUGGCUUCUAAACCAGCUGGAUGUGGUGUCCAGUGCCAAGGAGGAGGUGUUACAGCAGCAGUCGGCCCGCCUUCACAAGACCCUGGGCGUCCUGCAAAGCUCUGCCCAUCUGCCUGAGGGAGCCGGGGACAGCAGCCUGGCUAGAAACAUGGCCAAGUUAGACAUGCGAGACCUAAAUCCGGAGGAGACCCCGUACCUCUCGUUCAAGUCUGACCCAGCAAGCCUGCGCGAGGCAAUACUGAACUAUGGGAAGAUUGACCACACGAGUGUGCCGCCCCUACCCUCCCCGUUCAUGGCCCCUGACAAGCCUGCGCCGAGCCUGCCACGCCACCUGGAGGAGUAUGAGGAUGCAGAACAUCACAUCCUGUACAAGACUGUUGAGGAGAUCAGCCGCACCAGGACUGACACACCUUGUGUGAAUGUUAGCAUUCCCAAGCUGUCCACCCGUGUCGAGGACUGGCUUCUGUACCCGGUCACCUCAUCUGUGUCAACAAGCACCGAACCAAGUUUCACCUUCCCAAAACUAUCCAACAACCUCUCUGAUUGGUUACACAGACCGGUUGCUACGGCAACCAGCAAGCCUGUCACCAUAACGACAACCUUGACCCACUCUGUGCCCUUGGCUGCACAGAGUUGCAGGCCCUUAAAGGGGCUCGAGGGCAUAUCGUCGGACGCCAGCAUCGCCAACUGGCUGCACAAGAUAAAACAAAACCCAUAUGAGGAGGAGGAGGAUGAAUAUGACUUUGUGGAUGAGGUUUCAGAAACUCAGACCCAGUACAGCAGUGAAGGCUUUGAUGACUGUCGACCAUUAGAUGGUGCCUGGUUUUCCCCUCCGAGGUGCUUUAAACCUUCCAGCAAACCUGCCGUCACCCUGCUGACUGAAGCAGACAAGAAGUGGUUGCAAAAGCCAACAACCCAGAGUCAAGACCUUGGCGUCCCCAAGAUCGUUGUGAACAUGAGCCGAUAUUUUAACAACAUCAGGGGCGAGCUAGAUCAGUGGCUGUCUCGAGCCACCAGCAAGAACAUGGAUCAUAUAGCAGAUGAAACCAAUAGCGUCAAUGAGCGUCUGCGACCCCACCUGCCCUCUAACCUGUCUCUGAAUUCCUGGCCCCAGAUUCAACAUGGUGACGGCAAGUGGCUCCACCCUCAGCCUCUUCCCUCCCGAUCAAGCUCGGCUUCUAGUUUGUCAAACCUCUCUUGUUCUUCUCACAAAGAUGAAAACAAGUGGCUUCUGCACGGUGGCAAGGGGGAUUCUUGUGUUCCUAUGGUGUAUUCAUUCUUGGAAAAACACAAUGCUGAGGCUAAGAAAUUGUCCUGGCUUUUGAGUGAGGACAAAAAACCUUCCCCACUGACACAGAAAUCGACAAAUCCUUUGGAAAGAUUUACGAAAGAAAACUUUGAUCCGUCAAACUGGCUAAAGUCUUCCAGCAAUAAUUCAGCCCAAGAUGUGUUUAAUGGUCCGUCACCUCUGAAGAAAAUAGUAGAUUAUCAAAAAUCAUCGCCCUUGUCCACAUGGCUUCUGCCUGCGAAUUCUUCUAAGUGGAAGGACCCCCCCUUGCUUUGAAAAGGUCUUCAACAACAGCGAUAACAUCUGGCUGGCCCGGCCAGUCAGUUCCACACCUGAGGAGGACCUUAUGAAGGAAGAUUUCUGUUAACUUUAAUGAGUUCUUUGUUGUACUUAAACAAAAAUAGUGUGUUGUUUCUUUUAACCGUUUUUACAAAUUUAUACAUCUGGUACAUUUUGUGUUUACUAUAUCACAGUUUUAAAUGGACAGAUAUUGGCAUGUUUAGAAGUUUGUCAUUUAGUGCUUUAAUUUGAUAAAUGUAAACAUCCCAACUAAAAAUCUCCAUUAUAAAAAAAAAAGAAACAAACAAAAUAUCCCUACCUGGGCGCAAAUCACCGACUCUUGGAGUAAAAAUCUAAUGCCAAAACAACACGACCAUCCAUGCUGUGCUCAACGUAAUUUAUUGUUUACUUUAUAUAAGCAAUCCAUGUAUGGUCACAAAAUAUAACCAUAUAAACUCAAAUGAUUCAAUCGUUUUGCGUUUGUAAAGUUUUAUAAUUUUAUCAAUUCCUAAUGAUGAUAAUUCGCAAAUGAAAAGGUACUUUCAGUAAUAGUCUACGUCAUAAGCAUUAUUUGCUGAUAAAUGUGAGUUGUACAUUUACUUUUUUAGUCCAUGACAAAAAAUGUGAACAUUCUAAUUUUGAUAAUGGUUAAAGAUAUUUUUUUGACAAUGGUUAAAGGUAUUUUUCGAAAAUGAAGUUUUUUUGUUCAGUCAGUACGCGUAUUUGUACAGAUUUUUCAAAAUCUAAUGAAUAUGUAUUAAACAUAUACAAUUGUUCAUGUAUAACUUAGUGGUUACAAAAAAAAUAUUUUAUCAUAUUUCAUAACCUGCAUUAGUUGUAAAUGUUAUAGUAUAUUUUGGCAAUGAAUGGGAAAACGUGUUUUGGAAUGUUUUUUAUGUACAUUUGACUUUCUCAAGUGUUUUGUGAUCCUAUUAUUGAUUUUUUCAGUCAUGGUUGAACCUUGGCAUGAUUGAUUUUCUGCAAUACAAGGGGUUAAUGUAUCCUGUUUAAAAAUAUCAUUGUCUGCAGACAUGCCCUUUUUUCUUAAUUUUGUUUGCAAUUGUUAAUUAUUGCUUCUAAUUAUACAAGUUAAAACUAUAUAUUGUGAUAAACACAUUUAGUGUUAAUAUGCCAACUAUAUACACAUGUACAAAGACUAAUACCUUAUACAUUUAUUUUACAUUUAUUUUAUCACUGUGUUUUGUACUUGCAUGUAGGCUUGUGAAUGAUAAGUUCAUGUAUUAUUUUGUUUCUACUGUGAAGUGUAUCGAUGUUGUAUUUAGUUGCUUUAGAGAAUCUGGAAACACAUCAAACAGUUGUAAUGCUACAUCUUCAAUAUAAAAAAAUAUACAAAAAAUUAGUGCAGAAAUAUAUUGAAACAGUAUUUUUGUGUAAAUUUAAUUUUCUCAAACAGUAAGAAAAAACAUUUUUUACCUAAAUAUCAAUUUGAAAAAAGACAGCUAUUAUAAUCACAAGAUUUUAUUCCAGUCUCCAAUUGACAUAAUGUACAUAAGAUAGAGCGGUGUACACAUGUAGUAAUAUUUCAAUCAUUUGUAAACAUUUUGUAAUAAACACAGUAUGUGCAUGGUGUAUGAUUAAGUUUUUUUAUGCACCCGAAGGAGGGCAUAUAGUGAUCAAACUGUCCGUCUUUCAUUCACACUUUGCGUUUAGGUUUUGAAAAAUGCUUAUAACUUCUAUGUCGCUUCAGAUAGCAACUUGAUAUUUGGCAUGCAUAUGUAUCUAAUGGAGCUGCACAUUUUGAGUGGUGAAAGGUCAAGGUCAUCCUUCAAGGUAAAAAAAAACAAACCAAGGGAAGUAAUAAGCUUUAAAGGGAGAUAAUUAUCUGUACCUGCCAAAUGAAAAAAAUGAAUUCAAAGCGGCACAGUAGGGGGCAUUGUGUUAUGGACAAACACAUCUCUUGUUUAUCAAUCAGGUUAAAUGAGAUUAAGCUUUUAUUUUGCUGACGUGAAGAUAUUAAACCAAUAAAAAUUGAAUUUAAUAACACAAGUUCUGGUAUGGUGUUCUGACAACUUAUAUCAGUCGAGUUGGUUGAGUUAAACUUAAUAGGCACUUAUAUAUUUCUAGACAUGGAGUUCUGUGGUAAUGUCAUCUUAAGGUAGCGCACCUCUAAUGAUUUCCCUCAAUUUAUGUUACGAUCAUUGCCGAUCUUCAAUGAUCGGUUAUUUCCGAGUGAUGCUUAUGAUUUUUUUCAAACUUCGAAUUUUGAUAUAUGUUUAUGUAAUUCCUUUAGAAUACAUUAUUUUUACAAUAAAUAUUGACUUUGAUCCAAAUAUCAUCUGAAAAAUAAGAUUUCGCGAUUUCUUCAAAGAUCGACGAGCCUUUUUACCUGUUUACUUAUGGAUAUCUUAUUUAAGCUGGCACUAACGUGAAGUUGUCGUGGCCGAGUGGUUAAGGCGAUGGACUAGAAAUCUUUUGGGAUCUGCCCACGCAGGUUCGAAUCCUGCCGACAUCGCAUACUUUUUGCGACGCAUUUUAUUUCUUUUCUAACGUAAUUUGAUUUAAUAUAGCAUAUAAGCUAUGUUUAUUGUUAAAUAUGUUGAAAUUUUUAUGCACAUCCUUCAAUUUUUUAAAUUUUAACAACGUUAUGGCUAAAUUGGGUGAUUUACUGCUGAAAAUAUGAAUGAUGCAUGUUGCAUUUUUAUUUUUAUUUCAAAAAGUAAACGGUAAAUCUGUUUAUUUCUUGGUAUUUUUGCUGUAUAUAGUGUUUCUAUAAAAACUUAGUUUAAAAAAUAAUUUAAAUGAUUCUAUUUUGAAUUUUAUGACACUUUGUUUUUAACCACCCAAUUUUUACUUUGCUGAAAUCACUUACAUUUCAUGGUGCUCUUCCAUAGAUAAAAAUUUGUAAAAAAUAAAUGUCUGUAAAAGAAUAAUUAUUUCAUCUUGUUUAAACUUUAAACACCUUUACUGCAUCUGUACACACCAACUUCAUGCCCAUAUUUGGAAAUUUGAAUGAAUUUUGGAACUUUUAUAUACCCCAGGGGUGAAAGUAAACUGGACAAAAGCCGAGCGUGGUGGUGGUUUUGAAAAAUCGGUAUAUUUUUUUUAAAAGCAUGGAAAGCCUACCUACAAAUUUGCAUGUAGUUCAGUGAAAUGAUGUUGAUUAAGAAAAUACUUAAUUAGAUUAUAUUUGGAUAUGUGCCCAUUAGGGGUGCGCUACCUUAAUAUGCACCUUAGGGACUGUAAAAAGAUGAGCUCCAAAUAGAUAUAUCAUGGUGGGUUCAGUGAUUUGUUCUGUUUUGUCAUUACGAUUUGUUUUGGAUUAACUUAGCAAGACUCUAAACCACUGUCUGUUAUUCGUAUUUGCCUUUUGUUUAACUAGAGUAAAUGUAAUAAUGGUUGAUCUUGAUAAAUACUGAAUAACAGGAAUGUUGGUGUUCCAGUGGAUUGUAUUGUAAACACAGUCAUGUAAUACGCCAUUUAAUGCAUAGCUUAAAAACGUUGACAAUAUAAUUCAAAAGUAUGAUUUUAACUGAAAUCAGUACACUUUUCAAAACAAAUACAGAUUAUAUGUUUUAAAAGCAAACUUGAGUAUUUGUAUAAUGUAGACAAUGAAGAAAACAUGCUGUAACUUUAAUAAAAAAGGACAGAGUUUUCUCAAUGUUAUGUGGAAUGUUAGGGAUAUUUACAUUACUAUACACAUAAAAGUAGUCUGCCUUUUCCAGCCAUUGAAUACAGAAACAGAUUUCAGACUGUCAAUAAGGAAUUCCUAUACCUUACAGAGGAAACCAUUGUAAUUUUAAGAUAAUUUUGGCAUAUGGCACCAGAUGGCAGAAUUAUUCAUCAUUGUAUGUUACUACAUGUCUGUUCUUUCAUGCCUCGACUUCUGGCCACAUGUUUUGUUGAACAUUUGUUAAAAUGCUUUGCCCCAUGCUUUGCUUACUAGAUGAAUGAAUAGUAUUUAUCUUGAAUGUUAAGCUAAGCAUGAAUAUUAUAAUGGAUGUUUUGUCUGAUGCUGUGAUGAUGGAAGUAAUAAGAAAGUGACAAUAUUAUGAUGGACUUUAUUGCUUAAAAGAUGAUGAAAAUAAUGCUAAUGAGGUUUAAAAAUGUGUGUUUAAAAAACAAUUUUACGCAUGUUUAAUGUUUUAUUUGCAUGUUACAAUAAACUAGUUGGAUACAUUUU